AUGUAUGAAUACCUAAGCUACAUUAGCAAAUAUGAUGCUAAGCGCAAGGCUUUCAAUAAUGACUCUCAAAUAAAAAAAUUACCUUUUAACUAUAAACCUCUCUAUCAACUUUAUUCAAUAAGAUAGUUGCAAGAGCUUUCAUAACUUUAAGAAUAUUAUAUUGAAAAAGAGGUUUCUGAUAUAAGAAAAUAAAGAUUUAUAAAUAAGAAAAAAGAAAUUGACUAAGUAAUAAAAAGCAAACUUGAAGAAAGCUUAGAUUUAGAUUAUUCCGAAAAACCUGUGAGUGGAUGUUUAAGUUAUGAUAUUAUGGUCAACCCAAAUUAUAGCAGGUAUUUCGAUUGGAAAACUGAAUUGAUUAUUUUUAAAAUGAAUAAAGCAAAAAAAGAAGAAAUAUGUAGUAAAUUAACUCAAAGUGGUGCUGUAAAAAAAUAAAUUUAAGUAGUCUAAAAUAAAUAGAACGAUUUUAGUGUUAUUUAGUAAUUCAAAAGACAAAUAAAUAGUAGAUAUUAAUCUUUUAAAGAUUCUAAAAAAAAUGAAACAACCAAUUACACAGAAGAUAAUUUAAAUCGAAUAAAAUUAGUUAGUAAAAGUGAAGAUGAAAAUUAAUAAAAUGAAAUAUAAUAAUAAGAAAAAUAAUAGAGUUAGAUUAAUAAUUAUAGUGGCGAUUUAACAUUUUAAGGUAUUAAAGAUAUCCAAAAUGAAAUAAUUGAUAUUUAAAUUUUAUCUCAAGAAGAUCUAGUUAAUAGUAUAAAAAGAAUCGAUCAUCACCAUACUGUUCCAUAAUUCUAUUAAACUUUUUAAAAAAAUAUGACUUUGCUUUAGGCUAAUGAAUUAAAUGUAAAUAAACCUAAUUGA